GUUAAAAGAAAUGGCGCAGCCGAGAGUGGUUAGUCGUGGUAAAAGUUACAGGGAAGCGUAUAAAACUUUAAGGUUUAAAAAAAUAAUUAAAGAGUUAUGGAAUAAUUUGAGAAAUCCAAUAGGUUUACUGAAGAUGUUUAUUGAUCCAGAAUGGUUUUGGUUGUUUGGCUUAUUAGUGUUUCUUGUCGAAAUUGUGGUAAUUAUCAGUGUGAUCGAAUACAUCCCAUACACAGAGAUAGACUGGAAGGCCUAUAUGCAAGAGGUUGAAGGGGUUGUGAAUGGGACUUUGGACUAUACAAAGCUAGAAGGAGACACUGGGCCUUUAGUGUAUCCAGCUGGGUUCGUCUACAUAUUCCUUGUGCUAUACUACCUUACUGGUCGUGGAACUAAUAUCCAUGUGGCACAGUAUGUUUUUGCAUUAUUAUAUCUUCUGACACUGCUUUUAGUUUUCAGGAUAUACGCAAAGUGUAAGAAAGUGCCUCCCUAUGCUCUAAUAUUCAUGUGCUGCACAUCGUACCGUAUUCAUUCAAUUUACGUCCUCCGUCUUUUCAAUGAUCCAGUGGCAGUUGUUUUGUUUUAUUGUGCUUUGAAUUUUUUUAUCUCCUCCAAGUGGACAAUUGGAGCCAUUUUUUAUAGGUAUAAAACGUUUUGUUUGCCUGAGAUAUUAAUAUUUGUAUAAGAGCCAGAUUUAAACUAGUAGUAGUCAACUAGAUUAAACAUGUAUAUUAUCACAAAAUUUAACAUGUAUAUUAUUACCAG